GCCCAGCCAGCCUGCCCAUUACCACCUCGCUCGUAGAAUCAAUCAACCGUAAGCCGGCACCCCUCUUGCCCCUCGCACACCUUUACCAUACUUUUACUUCUUACCACCAGCACGCCUCAUUCCCCAAAUCAAGCUCCAGCCGGCUCAGGUAUUACAUUCAUCCUAGUCUCAACCCAUUAAGCAUACUCGCGUUGCACUAACAGACUACCUAUUAUCCCACCUUGGUGACCUUUACAUUAUAAUUUACACUUCCUUCCCCCUUGUCAAUCGAGUAAACUAUUUCCAACUUCAAAAUAACCUUACCUACCCACAAAAGCAUUAUAUCGCCUAUUCUCGGGUGGUUUGGCACCGGGUAACUGGGCACGAAAGCUUUCGUGAACACACUGAAUAGUGAACACUGACUGCACCGACACUGAACACUCGAAUCGUGAAUCGCGAAAAGUGCGCUGCUACGCGGAAGAGAGACAGCGGAGAGACGAACCAAACAACGCAGGUCUCGGAAGGGUAUACGACAGCAACCAACAUCUAACAACCAGCAUACCAGCAUGCUAGCAUACUGAGCCUUGCAACUCCAUCGUAUCUUCUUCAUCUUUAACGGCUUUCGAAUGCGCCGGAUCCAGUAACACAGGCACAGGCGCUAUACACUUGUUCCCUUCCAUACAUUCCAAAUCACGAAGACACGGGUUAGUACGUCAAUCUUUUGGAUACCUACUUGCAUGAACCUUCUUCUUGCCUUGUACCUUAUUUAUUCUUCACCUAUCAAGCCCAUCACCUCUAUCCUUGUCGUGCUCCUUGGACUAUAACCUAGAGUUUGUAAAGUUUGCUUGAUUGUUCAUUGAUUUCCCGUGGUGGGAUAUCUUGAUUUUCGAAGCGUUUUCCCACCGUUUCCGAAGGUCGAAAGAUUGAAUCAUCCAUCGACUGGUAAUCGAGGGCAAAAAUCAACGCAAGCUGGCAUGAAAUUAGGUUAGAGUCUGAGAGUUUUUAUUUUAUUUUAUUAAUUUUUCAAAUUGGAAAAGGAGACGAGAGAGGGGACAACAAUAAGUUUGGAGUGGAGUUAUUGUGAACUUUUUGACGGGUUCAAGGUUGUUUUUCAUUUUCUUCUUUUCUUGCACUUUGGAACACCUGAUUGAUUUGAUUGUACGAUUGUGGUGGGGAGAGGAGAGACUCAGAAAAGGGGACAUUUUAACUUUCCCAGCAUCAUCAUAAUCAUCUCUGCUAUAUCAUCACGAUCCAUUCAAGGACGGCAACAACAAUCCACAGCAAGAAGGCAAGCAAGCAAGAAAGAAAGAAAGAAAGAACGCAGAAUAUCCAUCCACCCACCAUUUCUGCACAAAACUCACACCUCGGUCAUUAAACGACUGGUUCGGAACUAUUGCUUGGUUGCUUGGUUGCUUGCUCUGUUUUGCCUCCUUUGCAAAUCCCUUCUGCUCCUCUCUAUCUCUGUGCAUUUAUAUAUUGUAUUUUAUUGUAUAGUGUUGUAUUGUAUUGUAUUGCAUGGUGCUUACCUCUACAUUCAUUAUCUUUCGAUUGUUAUUUGCGCAAUUCGAUAGUUGAUGUUUUGAUUCACAUUUCUCUCUCUAUUCUCUCUCUCGUCCGCACUCUCUUUUCUUUCUCUUCCUUUCUCUUCCACUGACUCUUCUCUUCUGCUCUCUUCUUUCCUCUCCUCUUCUUCUAACAAUCCACAUAGCAACAGAAAAGGCGCCAAGAGAUCCUAGAAAUACACACACACACACAUACACAUACAUACCUACUCACCUACCAACCUACCAACCUACCAACCUACAUACAUUCAUACAUACAUACAUACAUACACAAACGCAAUCCCACAAUCAUCUUGAAAUCUGAUUCGACCAUUUUAUCGUACCUCACUACUCUCACACUACGCGUACACUACUCAACGUACCGUGCCUACUCCCGCUCUUUACUAAGGUGCAAGUACGUACCAGGUUACUCUUAGAUCCCAAAACCCCAAACUCAAAACUCAAUCUAAAAGAACAUACGAAGUAUUCAGCUUGGUACAUAUUAUCAUCCCACCUUCACGCACGCGAAAGAAAGAAAAACGAGGGUAAAACUUGAAGAGAAACGAGAAACGAGAAACGAAGAAAACGAAGAAAACGACGAAUCCCUGACUCCCCUGACUUCCCUGAAUCCUAGCUCCCGCCUCAGCUAUUAAAGUUUACAAUUGGCAAAGCACCCCCCCUUCCCUUCCCUUCCCUCCCAAAAGAUCCCAGGACUUAUUAGAUAACCACUUAUUGAUUCAAUUGUUCAAUUGUUCAAUUGUUCAAUUAUCCCAAUUACCCCAAUUAUUCCAACCAUUCCAAUCAUUCCAAUCAUUCCAAUCAUCCAUUUAUUUAUCCACUUAUUAGUAUUUAUUAUUUAUUUAUUAUUUAUUAUUUAUCCAUUUUUCUCUCAUCUUAAAGCCCCCCCUCGAAGAAUCAUUAUUAUUGUUAUUAUUCAUAAAAUCUUUCUCAGCAAGAAAGCAUUCAAAAGUAACCUACCUAGAAAGUCGCAUUGCAGACCAGAUCUUGAUCUCUACUUGAAAGGGUUUAAUCAAUAUCCAAGACCGGUUUACCACACCAUCUAACCUUCACUACUCAGUUGCGCGGCAUUCGUUACAUCACACACAUGAUUACCUACACGUCAGUCCGUAAUACAUACUUGCGCAGAUGAUUCUCCACUGAACUCUUCUACGCCUCUGUGUUCUCCCUCGAACCUGUAAGAAGCCGCCGCGCUCGACCGCAGUCCAUGGCCUUAGCUGUCGUGGUCACUUAACUUUUUUGUAUGAAUCGCAAUGAUGGACAAUGGUCAACCAGAUUCAAAGCGACCAAGAUUAGGGCCCGGUCCUGCUUGGCCCAUCGAGCAGCCCAAUCAGCCCAACCCUUCCAGGGCCCUUCCUCCUUUACAACCUCCCUAUAAUAGCGGUCCAUUCUCCCGUCCCGAUUCUCAUGCCCACCCCCUCGAUAGACGACCUCCCCACCCCAACUUCCAAGAACAUCAAGAUCCUCAUCGCCCUAACUCAGGACAUGCGCAUGUCUACCACAAUAUACAUAAUCAACACCCACCGCCACCUCCCAUACCUUCAUACAAUGGACACAAUGGGCACAAUGGCCCUCGGGAACCCAUCGUGAAGCCGGACCCUUCAGAAGAACCUCCACAACACAGGCCACCACCGACAACCAAUGGCACAGAUCAUCAUGUAAAUCUACCUUACGCUGAAGAAAGAGGAAGGCCCUUUCCACCAAGAUUCGAUCAACCUCCACCUCCUCAGCAUACUCCGCAACACACUCCGCAGAUGUAUAAUAAUAACCCCGCUCCUCCCAUGUAUCAGCCUCAACCCCCACCCCCCUCUACAAGUCCGAUGACGACACCGACAUUCGACGGGGCUAUGUCAAUGUAUGGUCCACCGCAAGGUCAUCCCCAUCCUCCACCUCGGGAACAGUAUUCAGUCACACCUUAUUCUCAACCUGCAAAGCCUCGGAAAGCGCAACGCGCGGCUCAGGCAUGCGAUAGCUGUCGCAAUCUGAAGGCAAAAUGCGACGAAGGGAGACCGGCUUGUGGUAGUUGUAAAGAGAAGAAUUUCGAAUGUCAUUAUCGAGAUCCACCACCCAAACCAAUUGAUAAAGCUUCCACGGACAUCAUCGAGGCCUUGAUCCGAUUGGAACACCGCAACACAGAGUUGUUCAAUGUUUUGCAGACGGGUCUUGAAUCAUUGAACAAACGAGUGGACGAAUUACAGGAAAGAGUUGGAGCCGGCCGGCCUCUAUCGAGUAUCGAGGGGCAAAUGAAAGAAGAAGGGAGAGACGAUGUUCAAUUACCUGAUGGUGAAUUUGGAACAUUUCAUAGCUCGAAUCUGAACAUCCUUCAUGAUGCCACGCCGAUAGAUCCACCAGUGGUGGGCCCAGGACCGCCACUCGAAGGAUCCACGCCUGGUGCACUCGAAGAGGAGGAGGAAGGCGAUCCUGUGCCGCCGGGGCAACCUUUAAUUCCAGUGAAUCACACGACGGGCGCAGCUAGGCUUUUGCUAGUCCCUUCUGUAAAGCAAAUGAUAAACGGCGGAGGGGGUUUACCCAAGAACGUGAAGGAUGAAAAAUAUCCAAUGCUGCAGGAAGAACGACGUGGACUCUUGAGAUUAUUCGGAAGAGGAGAAGGAAUUGAUUUAGCACAAGGUUAUGAUCGAGAUCCUAUGACAGAUCACGCAGAUUCUACAGUCGAUACCAAUUCCGACGUCUCUUCUCCGGCCGGUGAAGAAUGGGGUCAAUUGGGUGGUAUGACUCCACCAUCAAGUGCGCCAGAUUAUCCUCCACCAGUUGUAGGCAGUAUUAUGUCGGAUGGGAUGCCUGAUUUCCGUAAAAAUGUAGUUUUGGACUUGGUCAGAAGUUACAAGGAGCACAUGAAUAUUAUGCAUCCAAUUUUGAUACCGAGGCGACUGGAUGCUCUGGUCGAGUCAUUUCUCAAAUCCAUUCCAUCGGAUUCCGCGAAACCAAAGCAAGUCCAGAACUUGGCUUCACAGCAUACGAGUCAUGCUGGUUUCGUGAGUAUGAAGCCGCCCGAGAGUCCAGGAAGCAAGCGGAAAAGAUCACCGGGAGUUGGAGAACCUCCGGAAAUCUCGGUUACUGGCGGUUACGGGACAUUUGUCAAGCCAGGCCAUCCAAGUCGAUCAAUCAGCACAGCUUUAGUGCUGGUGGUAUUGGCACUCGGCAAGAUUUGUCAAGAAAGGCAGAAAAUUCCCGAGCUUCCUUCCGACAAAGAUAUUGAAAAUCCUUGGGGUCAUAUCAAUUCUCCAGUUGUACGAAAUGGCCAUCCAUCGCCUAUUCAAAGCUCUCCAACCCAAUCUUCAGAAUUACCUUCACCUCAGGAUAACAUUGAUCGAUUUUAUCCCCGCAGCCGAAGAACUUCAAUAGAAGGUGAUUCGUAUUCGGCAAGAAGUGGCUUCAGACCUAGGAACGUGGAUGUUAUUCCCGGUUUGGCAUAUUUCGCACUAGCUACAGAUAUCAUUGGAAAUCAACUUGGAGGAAAUAGUUUACAGCAUGUCCAUGUGAAUAUUUUAGCCGGUCUUUAUCACGGACAACUUGCAAGAGUUUUAGAAAGUCAUUCGUACAUUCAUCAGGCUUGUAGAGCUUUACAAGUUAUUUUGAGACCGAAACUUGAUCGCUUCAAAAAGUUAAAGCAAGAUGGGCUUCCCGUGCUGGCAAAGGACAAUCCGCUGAUUUUCGCAUUUUGGACGUGCUUACAACUUGAAAGCGAUAUUGUAGCAGAGUUACCAUGUCCGCAUUCCGGUAUUCUUACAUUCGAAGAAAAUAUGCCAAGUCCAAAUAUAGUUGAAGCUGUGAAAGAAGGUUUUGAUCAGAUGGUUCUGUUGAGUUAUCAAGGCCAACUUUACCUACGAAAGCACCUCAAUCAAUUACACAACAUGUUCUACAAACCCGAUAAUGACUCUCAAUUUCCUUCUGUAUACACCCGCCAUGAUCCCAACCAUUUCGAGUCAAUAGCCACUGCAGAGGAAUUUCUUUAUCGAUGGAAAGAAGCUGGAGGAACUAGUACCUGGCAAGAGAAUGACCCUCCUGCGAGUGAUAUUCUCACAGCGCGAAUGAGAGCCAAGUACUAUGGCGCUCAGGUCAUCACUUACAGGAAUUUCGUUUUGAAGAUCUUGGAACAUUCACAUGCGGUUUCAACCUCAAACUCUAUAGAACGCGCCUCAGAUGAUUUCCGGAAUGGUAUUGAAGUACCGAGCAUCAAUAAAUACGCGACAUCAGCAGAAGAAAUCGACGAGAAAGCAUUGGCUUAUGCAAAAAAUGGUAUCCAAGCACUUGUUAAUAGCACCAGGGCUUUUCAUGGUUUAGGCGAGGGUAGACUGUUCGUCACAAAUCCAUGGGGGACUGCACAUGCGCAAUGGGGCAAUGUGCUCACUCUCCAAGCAGCAUGGAACGAUAAUAUCCUCCGACCAUUAUUUGAUGGGAUUCUUGAUAAGCAAGGGCUUAGUGACCUUCUCGAGAGAACUCUUAGUUUCCUUGGGAUCGUGGCAACACGAUCAUCGGCUCUGUAUACCGAUAUGAAGAUCCUGGUCAAUGCAGGAAAAUACACUGGUCUACUUGAGAAAGACUAUCAGGCACGUCAAGUUACCACUUUCGCAGCAGGUUUUACUAGUUUUUCUAAUUCCUUCUCGUGUUAACUUUACACACCUAUUAGAAUCAGGUGGUAAAUCUACUACUGAGAGUGGAAUUGUCUUUGCGUUGGCAUCAUUGAUAAUUUUCUACCUCGUGGAGUGUAGCUAAUAAUUUCUCUCUAAUGGUAUAGCUUCUGAAGAGUUUGCGUAAGACACCGUUAAAGUUGAAGCAGGAGAAGUCGAACUUCUCGAAUGCUUCGACUUGAUAUUUGCAAUAUCAAAUUUGAAGAAUCUAGAAGGGGAAAUGCGUAUACAGUUAUGUUUUUUUUUUCGAGAAGAGAAUGAUAUACUCGCAUAUUCGCAACUUAUAUACGUCAUAUACAUCUACCUCUAUUACUUACCUCUCUAAUACACCUACCGCAUCCGACAUAUUAUGUCUAUCAUGGUUGGAAACAUUUUUGUUCAUUGUUUGGUUUUGGGAAGUCGGUCAAGUCAUAUUGGAAUGGCAUUGACUUUGACUUUGGCUGUUUAUGGGCGGUUAAAUCAUGUCGUUGCAUUUACAAAAUAUAUGGUUGCGUUUGCGAUUGGUGCGAUGGGCAAGCGUCUUGAUCGCAUCUCAUGUUGAUAUCCAUCUUUGUCUAUCUUAUCAUGGCGGCUCAAGCGGAUCUUGAAUGUCUGGAGAUUGGGAAGGAAAGGGGUUUCUGUGUUCACAUUGUGUGUGUGUGUGUGUGUGAAUGGAUGUCGUAGGAUAGGUUAUAUACCGUUAGCAAUUAGCUAGUGAGUAUCGUACAUAUUUACAUACAUUUAUACAUACAUAUCUGCAUGCAUUUUGAAAUAGGUGGAGGCGGUAUUUGGUUUUAAAACGGCAUUGUUUUUGUUUUGAAAGAGGGCGGGGUUUGUGCUUUGUAUUUCGUAUUUUGGAUUGAUUGGGCGUAUUAUCUUAUUGUCAUUAUUGUCAUCAUCACUAUCAAUAUCAUCUUAGUAGAAGCGAGCUAGCAAAUGCAAGCCAACAAGCGGAAACAAGCGAGCGAGCAAGUAGCAUUAUUAUUGUUAUUAUUAUGGUUACCUUGUAGCGUUUUAUUAUUAUCUAUGGCAAAUUUACUCUUGUAUUCUGAAUGUUAUGCUUGUUUUACUUUUAUGGUUCUUGAGUUCUGUGAUGGGGUUGAAGAUAGCUAAUAUGUGCUGGAUGGGGAUUGAGGGGAGGUGAUAUGUACUGGAUGGGAAUAGUAGGUAGUCAGGUAGGAAGGUAGAUGAGUAGUUUUGACGAAAGUUGUAGUU